UUCCCUCACUUCCCCCCCCCCAAAAACUUAAUUGACCGGAUCAUUGUUUCAUCUAUUCAUUCAUAAUGACUGUCCUUUGUUGACAUAGGCCUCUAUCUAACCAGUCAGGCUACAGGCCCCAGUCCUGAGUACUGUUAUCCUUUUCCCAUAGGUGGCCUGGCUGCUGUCAUCUACACUGAUGCAUUACAGACACUGAUUAUGGUAGUUGGGGCAAUCAUCCUGACAAUCAAAGCUUUUGACCAAAUUGGGGGUUAUAACCAGUUGGAAGCGGCUUACUUACAGGCGAUACCAAACAAGACCAUCCCUAACACAACAUGCCACCUGCCCCGGGCCGAUGCCAUGCACAUGUUCCGAGACCCCCGCACUGGAGACCUCCCAUGGACUGGGAUGACCUUCGGUUUAACCAUCAUGGCCACAUGGUACUGGUGCACUGAUCAGGUAAAUGUAAACAUCAUAUCCCCUCCUCCUGCCCCGUAUGUCAUAUGUACAACAAAUGCAGUUCCCCCAUCCGAGGUCCAAGCAGCAUUGGUUUAA